ACUGUGCCGCUGCACGGCAAAGAGCGCCAUAGAUUACAACUCUCAGUUCACAAUGCAGGCAGGACGUUUGCUGAAUGUGUUGUUACUGGCUACGUUUGCCGUACUGGAGACAUGCGGCAGAGCAACCAAGAGCCCGUGUGACAUCAACAAUGGUCAGUGCAGUGACAGGUGUGUCCCGUACCCAAAUUACCAAAUACAAUACGACAAUCUUCCUUCUGGAUACUACUGCGCAUGUCCUAGAGGGAAAGAAACAUUCAGAGGGACUCUUUGUUUGCUACGAAACCAUCCCUGUUUUGGUUACCGCCAUUGCAGAAGCUCUGAAAAAUGUGUCCCCACGGGAAGCCGAGACGGAUACGGUUACAGGUGCGACUGUAGGGAGGGCUAUAUUCCCAGAGAAAAUGGACGCGGAUGCCGGCUUGCCCCUGUGAGCACUACGCCAGCACAGACUACGGUAGACGGGGGACAACGACGGACUCUCAGGACCAGAAUAACCCCAGCACCUGUCUUCACCAAUCUAACCACACCUGCGCCCACUGCGGCACCUCACCCCUGUGACGUCAACAAUGGCGACUGUGAGCACAGAUGUAGGAGGACCUCGUCAACGACACGUGUCUGCGAGUGUCGUCUUGGUUAUAGGCUGCUCGGCGACGGUCUAUCAUGCGAGGAAGUAGAUCCCUGUGAAAACAAUGGCGGGUGCAGUGACGUCUGCAUAGCUAACUGGCCAAACCGCACGUGUAGCUGCCGUAUUGGUUACAAGCUUGGCAGUGACCAAAAGACAUGCAUAGAUGUUGACGAGUGUUGGGAGGGGACUGCCCGCUGUGAACAGGACUGUAUUAACGUACCGGGGUCUUAUCGCUGUGCAUGCCAACGUGGAUAUAGCUUGAAGCAAGGAAACAGAUGUGAAGAUAUUGAUGAGUGCCGGAUCAACAAUGGUGGAUGCAGUGACUCGUGUUAUAAUACCCCCGGGUCGUACAAGUGUCACUGCCCGCCUGGGUUCUACUUACUUAGUGAUGGCAAGAACUGUGAACAGAAGUGGAAAUGCUCCAGAUAUGGCUGUGAGCACAACUGCCAGCAUCCCAUCAUCCAGUUCGAGCCGUACUGUACUUGUAAUACCGGAUACAUGCUCACCCAGGACCAGAAACACUGCACAGAUAUGGACGAAUGUCGUCUUGGCUUCCACAAGUGCUCCCAUUCCUGUCAAAACACGGUGGGUGGAUACCAGUGUUCUUGUCCUGCUGGGAUGAAACUUGCCGCGGACCAGAGGACAUGCGAAUCCGAUGUCACCUGUGCUACAUUAGGCUGUAGUUUCCGAUGUCAACAAAAUGACCCAGCAUCCCCUGCCAGAUGCAUUUGCCAGAGAGGUUUCCGACUCAAUGCCGAUGGUAGAACUUGCAUGGACAUUGACGAAUGUUCAGAGACAAAUCAUGGCUGCAGUGAACGCUGCGUUAACACGCCGGGAGAUUUCCAGUGCGAGUGUGGGCCUGGGAAAUAUUUGAGCAAUGACUUGAAGACAUGCAUAGUUUCCACAACGACAAUGUGUCCAAGGCCCAGACUUUACCGAGGAUCAUUUCCAAAUUGUGGCAGUGGGGUGUCAGUAUUUGUCCCGGGGACGACUUGCGAACGACAGUGCAACAAUGGCUUCGAACUUCGCGGAAAAAAAUGGAUCACGUGCCAAAAUGAUGGCACAUGGUCAAACUAUUAUGGACAAUGUAAAGACAUAAAUGAAUGUGAGACAAAUAAUGGCGGUUGUGAGCAGAAUUGUUAUAACUUCCAAGGCGGCCAUUCUUGCGGAUGUAACAGUGGUUUUAAACUGCGAAAUGAUGCAAAGACUUGUAAAGAUGCCACGCCUCCUAAAUUCGAGACCUGUCCACAGAAUAUUGACAAAAAUACGGAUCCAGGAAGACCGAAUGCUACAGUCACGUGGGAUUCCCCGCGAUACUCGGAUAACGUGGAGGUCACCAGCCUGAACGGACCACCCAAUACAGUAGAUCUCCCAGUUGGGUUCCACAGUAUUGUAUACACUGCCACCGACGGAGAGGGAAAUAAAGCUACUUGUGCCUUCACGGUACAUGUGAAAGAUCAAGAACCUCCUUCUUUCAUCAACUGCCCCAAUCCAAUAUCAGUGAACGUCCAAGAAGGUAUCCUCGUGAAGCACCUAACGUGGGAUUUGCCGGUCUUUUCGGACAACUCUGGUCAGGUGGACGUGGUGGACAACGUGCCUGUCAAUAAUGACUUCCCGUUUGGCGAGACUACGGUGAGAUAUGUCGGGAAAGAUGCCUCUGGGAACACGGCGACUUGCGAGUUUUUAGUCAAUGUUACACGAACGGAAUGUGAACCCCUCGAAAAACCGCGAAAUGGCACUCACGACUGCGACACGUGGAGGUUGGGCAAAUUUUGCCACGUGAGCUGUGACGAUGGAUUUGGUUUCGUAGACCCCCCACCUGACGAGUAUGUCUGCGGACCGCAAGGAACAUGGGUUCCUAACAACAACGUCCCCGACUGUUACCCCGUUGCCCCUCCUUUGGAGACAGAUCUUACUUUCACUGCGACAUAUAAAGCCCCUUGUCCCACAGAAAACCAAAGACGAGAUAUUAUCGGCAUGCUGAUGGACUCUCAGAUGCUUAAUCUUCAGACGCUUUGCUGGCACAACGGAAGUGAGUCUUGCGACUACGGGCCGGCCUCCAUUACAUGUGAUGGGAGUGGCAGUGAAUUUAACGUGUCCUUCAAGAGUCUGGAAGAUCUCACCACACACCCGGCGCUGAACAAGUACAUGAGAGAUUUAAUUACAUCGCUGCAGAAAAACAGUCGUUAUCCAUUCUUUUUUGCUGCGUAUAUCCCAUCGGUUGGUGUGCUUGGACCCAAGGUGAACAGACAGAACCUCGCUCUCAUACCGGAACUGCAGUUGACAUGCGCUGUUGGACAGGUGGCCAGAAAUCAUCAGUGCGUUAUCUGUGGUGACCAGCCUUGUGACGACUUCCUUCCACCUGUGACUAGCCAGUGAACUACCCACGGGAAUACACACUUUUCUUUGACAAUAGACUAAAUAUAUAACGAACUUUAUGGUAUACUGGGCCCACCGUUACUAGGGCCUUGAAUCGAUCUGCCAUUGAUGAAAAACCCACUACUAUCAAAUAUGUAUUACUCUUAAACAUUAGUCAAGUAUUAAUAAAUAUAAAACAGGCGCAAUACUUUAUUUAAUUGGAUUUUUGCCGAUUUAUCCUAGGUCUAAAUAGACUAAAACCUUCGUCUUAAAGUUUUUGACAAUGUCCUGUUGUGAAGUGGGCUCCUCAACGGAGGCGUGUUUGUUAUAACGUGCUUCCGUUACAAGAGGUUUAUCUGUGACGGGACGCAUCCGUUCCAAGAUGUACUGGUAUCUUUGGUGUCCAAAAUGCCCCCAUUUGUUACCACAUUCACUUAUUCAGUCCAAAUAUAUAGCACUGUGAAGCGGGUGGGAGGUGUGUCCCACAGAUUACGUACACAGCUUUUAAACUGGGUUUAAGCGCGUGGUUGAAGGGGUCAAAUUACUCUGGUAAACUUUUUAUUUUUGCCUUAGUGUUGAAGCGGCUUUACAUAUUUUCUUAUCCACCAGAAUGUGCAAAGACCUUGAAAACCGUAAAACUGAUUUUGAUUGUUUUGGUGGGAUAAUUUUAAGAGAAACACUAGAGUAGGGUCAAAUAAAACGACACGGACUAUUUGCAAGUUUGGAAGAUUCUCUUCUUUCGUUAUAAUGGCAGAUUACUGUAAUUAAUUGCUGUAAUUUUAGGCAAAGAAUGAGAGAUAUCUGUUUUUUCACAAAGUGAUUAACAUUUGGAAACGGGUGGUAUGUGCACGCUUUCAAAUUUCAGAUCCUUGAAUGUUUCCACGUAAAAACACAACGCGUCUUGUUUAAAAGAGUUUCU